UGAAUUGCCAACGUCCAUGAUUAAAAGAGCAGCAGGAGAAACACCUCCUUCACUAUAUAGCAGCAGAACUGGACCAAAUUUAUUUUUGGGUUACUAUAGAAAUCAAGUAGCAGGGCUCGUCCCAAGAAGAGAGGAAUGUUGACAAGCUGACCAACAUGCAGCAGCAAGUUGAGAAACUCCUUCACAAUAAUGCCACCACAUCCACAUGCAGGCAUGCUAUAAAAGUUAUUGGUUUCUCUAAUAUAAACUACGGCUUUGAAUAUUUGAGAGUUAACUAAUUUUAGAAUAUUUACUUCCAGAAUCCUUCAAAUAGGAUUAAAAGGGUUUUCAUUUGAUAUUAAGAGUUUGAUUAUAGUGAAAUCUUCAUUUUGAGUUAUUUUAUUUGUCGUAAGAGUGAAGCAUUGUAAAUAGUUUGACAAUUAAUCACCAUGUCAACGUUAUUGUGUUUAUCCCCAACUUGAUAAUUUCUCAUCCAGUAAUUGACUCCAAAUUUUUAGUUCAAUUGGCUAACUUAAACAUAUAAUAAACACUAAGAUGCGUGAAUGAGUUCGGAAAAUAGCUCCAUGCAUAUAUAAUGCAUCUCUUGACUUUGAAUCCCACAAUGUGAACCGUCUUUAGUUCUUGAGUUGUAUAUAUAUAAAUAUAUAUAGAGUCUCCUAAUUGUAUGUUAAUCACUAUAAACUACAACUUGGUCUAAUAGUCAAAUCGAAAACGAAGACUCAUAUCACUAAGUCUUCUCCAGCUUUCAAUAUAAAUAGUACGAAACCCUAAGCUAAUUUCAAUCACAAAACAUCUCAAAUAACAAAACAAAAACAGCAAAGUUAUAAUGUCUUCUCGACAAUCAGUGAGGCACCCGAGUCACAACCAUCCAUUGCGCAGUCACAAAUGCGAAGCAAAAGACGAAAUCAUCUGCUCAGGUUGCGAUCUCGAUCUGAUUGGUGCAGCUUUCAAAUGCACAAAAUCAUCAGACUGCGAUUACUUCUUGCACAAGUCAUGUUUUAGCCUUCCACGUGAAACCAACCACAAAUCUCACCAACCCCACUGUUUGACUUUACUCUACUCCCCAAAGUCAACGUACACGUGUCAGGCUUGCGGUGAGUACGGAUCGAGUUUCACUUACAACUGUUCGAUCUGUCAGUACGAUAUACAUGUCGGAUGUGUUUCAAUGCCUGAAACCGUGAAGCGUGAAGAUCACGCACAUCCGCUCACUCUUCUUUACAGUUCUCCUUAUACCGAACCCGGUUUAGUUUUCACCUGCGAUGUCUGUAAGGAAACCGUACCGGAUAAUCUCUGGGCGUAUUACUGCAUGGAAUGCGAUUACGGUACACAUUUACACUCAUGUGCGAAAGAGGAAGAAGAGGCAAAGAAAGGAGAAGGAGAAGGAAGCAAAAGCUCGGCGAAGCAAGAGUUAGCUGCAAUGCUCGAGGCUCAAAGAGAGAUGGAGAAUAUGCAGAUUGAGAUUCAUUUGGCCAUGCAGAGUGCUUUGUUCGCCAAAAAGGCGAAUAACGCAGCUCUCAGUUAUAUCUAGUUUUAAGAAUUUGUGAUCCAUUUGGUAUUAUUUUCACUUUCUCAAUUUACUCGUAAUUUCUAUUUAUUUAUUUUACUUGCUGUUUGCUUUUCCUUGAUUUCGUGUUUUUCCAAGCUUUCAUGCUGUUGUCCUUUUUCUUUGUGAUUGUUAUCUGAAAUUAAUAAAAGCGAGAAGUGUUGUUGCUUCCUCAACCCUUGACCAUGUGAUAAACAUGUUGAUAUCUUUCUAGUAGACUUAUAUCUAUACUUUAGAAACUAGAACACUAUAUAAACCAUGCCAUGAUGAUAAUCCAAUAUUUCGAAA